AUGCCACAAGGUGAAAAAAGAAAAUUAUUUUUGGAGUUUCUUGACGUGUUUCUCAAAGAUCAAACAACAAAUAAACAAACUAUUUCUCAGCCAAUCAAUCUCAAAGAAAAUAAUUGGAUAAGGUAUGUGAAGACUUAUUUUUAGUUGGAAAAUGAAUGUCCUGGUUUGUCCACCUUCGGGAAACAUGGCUGGGAAAAUAAUGUUUCCUUGUUUGCCCACCUUCAGGAAACAUGACUAGGAAACAAUGUUUCCUGGUUUGUCCACCUUUGGAAAACAUGACUAGGAAACAACGUUUCCUGGUUUGUCCACCUUUGGAAAACAUGGCUAGGAAACAUUGUUUCCUGGUUUGUCCACCUUUAGAAAACGUAUGUGGCUGGGAAACAAUGUUUCCUGGUUUGUUCACCUGUUUGGGAAACAUGGCUUCCUUGCAAUCUGUUUAUUUUAGUGACCAACAGUAUGACGAAGAGCAAACAGAAAACGUCUUCAAAGUUCUAUCUCGUCCAAAAUCAAUCAACUCAUUCUACAACCACGAAAUUCACGUCAAGAGACAGAAAGCAAGACCAAAGACUGCAGUUCCAGGAAAUGUCCUACCUAGCGAACCAGAACAGCCCAAGGCACAUCCAAGAAUAACCAGCGGCAAACCUUGUCCUCCAACACGAG